AUGGAAACAACAGAAAAUGUACUGAGUUUCUUCACUGCAAAUCAUUCACAGCACGAUCCUCAGUGGAGAAUGACAGGAGCGAACGUUUCGGUAGUCUGUGUGGCGUGCCUGGUGGAACUAUUGGAAAGUAACGACGUUUUUCAUCUUCGUAAACGCAAGGUUCUCAGAGAGGUUGUGUUUCUGAUGUCGAGCAGUCGACAUCUUCGGGAGCUUCUUGCCCAAAAUGCAAGAGUUACUUCUCAUUUAUGCAGCAUAAUCACGGACUUGUUGUCUUGUGAGAAUGAAUUAUUGAUGAGUACAGCAAUCGAAGCUUUGGAUGUUAUAACUGUACAGCUGCGGUCAGAAAAUCUUGUGGCAGAAAUUGUGGAAAAGUUGACCACCCAGAUAUUACUAUUGAACAAUUUGAAGAAAUCGUACCCGUUCGUUUUGGCUUUAGGAAGGCUGUUAAAAUCCAUUCCAGCGUUAUCAUUUGUAAUUGUCAAGGAUUCGCCAAAUUUGGUGGAAUACUUCCUUUCCAAUAUUCUGUUUCCUGAAGAUAACAUCAAAGCCGCGUUUCUCUUUGCUCUAGUGCAAAUUUGCUCAAACGAGGACGCGUUAAAUGUGUUAAGUUUCCAGAUGAAGGAGAAGAUUUGCAUCCAAACUUGUGCUGUUGUUGCCAGCUGUAUAGCCACAGACGUUCAAAUGAACGCUCUUGGAGUAAUAAAGAGGUUUUCAGCGGACCCCGAUGUAUUACACUCCAUUCUAAAACCUUCAAGCACGGGUACUUGCCCCAUGCUGGAGAGUUUAAAAAGGCUAAUCCUAUCACCAAACGAGGGGGUCCAAAUAGGAGCUAUACAAUGUGUCACUCAGAUUCUUAAAAACGAUACUGCAGAAAACGCCUUCACAAAAGCAUUUCUGGCGUCGGGCAUAGGUGAGAUGCUACUGGAAGAUUUAGAAUCUUCAAAUGACAUCGUUCUCGGCUCAGUAUUUUGCAGCCUAGACCACAUGGUGAGAACUCAGAUUUUCUACAGCGAGGGCUAUUCGGUUUAUGGCAUUGAGUCUAUUAUUGUUGGUAUAUCAAAGGCAAUAAAACUUAAGAACCCUGACAUCAUCAGACAAAGCCUGCGAGUUCUGUCACUGAUUCUAAUGGUGCAACCUUCAAGUGUUCAACUGUUUCCAAGUGAAAAGCUCUGCAAACUUUGUGCUAAUGUUCUGUACGAAAGUCUCAAGUCUGCAGACCACAGGAUUCUUACUCAAGCUGCCUGUGCUGUCGAACAAUUUUUGAGUACUGAUCACUUCCCACCAUCAAUGGAGUUUGAGACAAUUACUCAUCUUGUGUCAACCGUGAUUUCUCAUUUGCAGAAAUUUACAAAACCAAGGAUGCAUUUUAGAAAUGCUUCAAAAGGUGAGGCACGUUGAUUUUUAUCAAUAAUUCACCUUAAUGGAAAGUAAAUGUGAAAAAUUGUCAAAUAGGGUCAAUUAUGUUUGUUGCAACAAUCACCGUACCACCAGGCUGUUUUAGUUUGAGAGCAGAGGAAAUGCUCAUAUCACUGUUCUUUUUUUUCUCUGUCAAGUUCAUUUUUAUGUGAAACCUGUUUUAGGUGGACAGCCAAGAGACCUUGGCUGGCGUCUUCUUAAUAGAUGUGUCAUACAGGUUUCGCUGUAUUUCGAUUACACACUUGUUCCUUGUUGCCGUUAACCAUCAAGGAACCAAAACCAAAACUUCCGCGACAAACUUGUUGAGAUAAUUUCGUCAACCGAGGAAAACGAAAAGAUCUGGACCCUUCCCUCCAGCCAAAGUUGUCUUUUUUUUUUCCGAUAUGUAUCUUGAACAGUGCUACAUAAGUGUUUAGAGGGAGUUUUGGAGGGAAGGCUUGCUGUUUCCUUUUCAGGAAGUAGGGAAAAGUCGUGAAAACGUACGAAAUGUCGCUGAGGAAAAAGUUCCAACUAAUUUUGUCGCUGGUCAUUUGUUCUUCUAGAGUGUUUGUGAGAUUGGGAAAAGUUUGGGGACAUCACCCCUUUGUUAUCUUCUAAGGGAACUGCUUAUGCUUUGUACGAGAACAGAGUUUCUCCACCGUCUUCGUGGUAUAUCCAGUUUCCUGUCGAAGUAUUUCAUUUUGCCUGAUGUUAACAGAGAAAGCAGAGUUAUAGUAAAUCGUUGUAUGCAUUCCCUUAACAUUCUGGCUAACCUGAGAUAGACAAUUGAAGAAAAUCAUGACAGCGCCAAAGUACGUAUAUUUUUUGGCGUAAAUUCUUCUCUAACCGAAACACAUUGCUUUUAUGUCCUGUAGCCUACUGACAGUAUUUUAUAUAAAGUAGGUGGAAUAUGAUCGUCCAGGUGAGUGUAGUCCUGUAUAGGACUGCUGUUGACAGCAGCUGACGUUUUGGCAACCUCUACAGUAGUUAUGCAUUUUCAGAGUUAAAGUGAAUUGCAUGGCGUCAUUUGAUGGUAUUAAAUUCUGGUUAUUGACCUCAAUGGUCAAUUAAUUCGCGAUGUUAUUGUUUCUCUGUCAGUUGAUGUUAUUUUGGUAUGAUGACAGUAUUUUAUACUUAAUAUCUACAGGUUCACUUGAAGAACUUCUCUGUGUUCUGUUGAGGGUCAUCAAGAAAACUUUCCAGUUUGUCAAAGACUUUCGAGCAAGAGAGCCUUCCUAUGCCGUGAUGUUAACAAGGAACACUGAUUCGCUCUCACCCGAGUGCGAAGCCGUCAAUCAUUUCGUGGAGUCCCUAUGGAAAGCUAUUGACCAGAUAUGUGUGCCAGCCAUGAUGCUGCACUAUGAAUCUGUUGAGACUCCAACAGUGUUUACAAACUUUUUCGAGAUCCUUUAUCUUUCCGUCUCUGAAGAAAGCUCUUGGAGAGAAAGUUUUGCGCGAAAGCUUACUGCUGGUUCUUUAGUUCGUCUGUCAUUAGAGGUCAAGGAAAAAUUCAGUAGAAGUGAAGAGAGCACAAAGCUGUCAGAUGUGGUAACAGGUUUUUUGACAGAGCUUUGCCUUGCCCACGGUAGCGAUACUGAAAGGACUCAACUCAGGGGACGUUUGAUCACGAGCAAUAUCGGUUGCAUUCGUUUUCCAUCCGGGUGUUUGAACGUUCUUGCCCAAAGUUCAGGGAGAAAGGAUACAAACGACAUCCUUGAUGAAUCUCUCUUUAGUACACAAUGCUUCUGCAUUGAACUCCUUUAUUUGUCCUAUGCUCAUGACGACGAAAUUGUGCCAGCUGAAGAGCUUGUGAUGGGUCUCCACAAGUACCUCACAUUGCAUCCAAAUCUCAGCAAUCUGCCUCGUGUGACAUUUAAACAUUUAUUAUUUCUGUGGAUCACAAGUUGCAACCGACUUAGGUCGAUAUCACUUCCAGCAGCUGCCGUUGACAACAUCAAUAUUUCUCAGGGUAUUCUGACGCACAAUCUGGUAAAGUUUGAUGGCGAUGCUUUUGAUUCCAUUUACAUCCACGAUAUGCUAUUUGUUUCCUGGAUUUCAUCAUUUGACUCCUUACUGCAGGCCUUUGGACGACAAGUGUUGAUCUGCUUCAUGGAGAGAGACGAAAUUCAUAACUUAUGUAACAACAAACUGUUCAAUGAAUUUUUAAUUUCAAACUUGCAAAGUUUUAGAGCAUUUGUUUCGCUCGUGGAAUGUCGCGAAGAGGCCAUUGUCAACCGCGCUGUAGCAGUCCUGGAGACGUUGUUUGCCGUGAAUUCAGAUUCACCGGCGACAGCCACGCCCCGGUUAACUUUAUUGGCUGACGAAAUAUCAAAUGUAUUUCACAAGAUGUUUCUUGGCCACAAAACGUACCCGGUCCAAGAACACUCAAUUUCUGCCAUGCUGAAAGUCAUGAUUGCAGUCCAGAUGAAAGUUCAAGCAUUUGACAAUAGGAUUUUGUAUCAUGUCAUCAACUUAGUGACGUCGACAAGAACUUGUCAAAGCCUCAUGUUAACUGCUCUCAACUACCUGAAUGUUACUUUAGCCUGGGACUUGAAAAAAGACGCUAACAGAGUUGCUGCAAUGCUCCUUUCCAACAAGACGUUCUGUGGCUACAUCCAGGGCAUUCUGGACUCUAAGCUGGUUCAUAGUGUGGAGCAACGAAGCAAGUCAGUGAAUGAUGUUGACUUCCUUGCGACCGUGAUAGUUCUCAUUACUUCUCUACUGAAGAGUUCCUCUUCCGCGCUGACUUCCCAGUCAAAGGCGCCCAAAGGUGUCCAUGACCCUUUCAAAAUUGACAAGAGAUGUAUGAUGAACUUGGCUAACGAAACCAAAAACAUUUUACGUAUUUCAAGUACUGUUUUCUGGGAAAACUAUUUAAAGGCGGCAAGGAGAAAAUCAGAAAAGCUACCCAUCUCAUUAUCAGCCAUGGUAACAGGCGAGGAACAGACCGUUGGCGAGUUAUCUGAGGUAGACCUACAAGUCUUGCAUGCGUAUUUACAGAAUUCCUUGGUGAAUGACAGUGAGACUGUCAGACAUUGUGCUGUGAAGUGUCUGAAAAGCUUUCUAAGUUAUGAUCCGUGUGCAAGGUCCUUUGCAAGUAACCCUUGGAACAGAAUCGUAUUGGAAUCACAACUAUCCGUGUUCAGUGUCAAUAUAAUAACGCCAAGCUUGGUCCUCCUUUGCUCACUGAUUCUGGAGCAUGCGUCAAAUCAGCACCUACUCAAAGAUGUUCUUCGAAACGCAGUCAACGCUGUUCUUGAUGCAAUCCCCACCAUUUCUUAUUCAGAGCAACCAGAACUGUCAUGGCAUUGCGUCGACAUUUUGUUACGAGUGUUAAGAUCGUGCGAAGAUUUCAUGACUGAGAAGCAAAGGGGCGCGAUUUUAAUUUGGCUGACGAAGUUCGGAGAAUCGUUUCGGUCCCAAGAGGAGAAGAAUGGUGAUACAGUCAAAGAUGUCAGAUUUUUCAAAUUAGAAAAUGUGAUUAUUUCCAGAGAUUUGCUCAAAUCUUAUGUCUGUACAGAACAUGAGCUUUUAAAUCGUGCCAUCCAUCUGCUAAAGGGUACAGAGAUAGACGAAGAUGAGGAACCAUAA